AUGCUUUCUCCCCCGAGUUCGUCCCUCCUCGUGUCCAGGCCUCGCUCCCCCAGUCAAUCUCAGUCCCCAUCGUUGCGCCUGCAUCCCUUCGCUCACGCUUGCUCCUCCUACCAUCCCUUUCCCCGCUCCUCCCUCUCGUUCCUCUCCCCCGCUUCACACCCCCCUCUCCUCCCCUCCUCCUCACUCCGCCAUUCCUGCCUUCCGCCGUUUCUUCCAUGCCCCCUUCCUCCCUUCCCGCCUUUCGCCCUUACCCGUUUCCUCCCUUCCCCUCCCCUCCCCCCCUCCCUGUGUCCCUUCCGCCGUCGUCAAUCCCCGGGUGUUCCGUCCUCUCAUGCGGCUGUUGUUGCUGCUGCUUCCGAACAUACCAGCACCAGCAGCGAAGGUAUUCUGAGUAUCCGCCCUUCACCCCUGUCUCCCUUCCGCCCUCUCCCCGGUCUCCCUUCCGCCCUCUCCCCUGUCUCCCUUCCGCCCUCUCCCCUGUCUCCCUUCCGCCCUCUCCCCUGUCUCCCUUCCGCCCUCUCCCCUGUCUCCCUUCCGCCCUCUCCCCUGUCUCCCUUCCGCCCUCGUCAAUCCCCAGGUGUCGACCCUCUCAUGCCACUGUUGCUGCUGCUGCGUUCGAACCUACCAACACCAGCAGCGAAGGUACUCUUAGUAUUCAUCUCAUCCUUCCCCCGGUCUCCUUUCCGCCCUCGUCAAUCCCCAGGUUCGCAGCCCUCUCAUGCCACUGUCGCUGCUGCUGCGUUCGACCCUGCAAGCACCAGCAGCGAAGGUCCAAUUAACGCCCGCACUGCCAGCACCAGCACCAACACCAAAGACACCACCAAUCUUCGCGCCACCAGCACCAGCAGCAGCAGCAGCACCAGCAGCACGAGCACGAGCACGAGCGGCGGAUCUCGUACGAGCAGCACGGGCAGCGGAGGCAGCACGGAUCCGCCUAUCCGCAUCACCAUCGGCACGGGGUUCCCCCGGUGGUGGUGGUGGGGCGGCGGCGGGUCAGGCGGGUCAUCAAAGAAGUCUACAGGCGGGUCUUCUCGCGGACUCAUGAAGCCAUACAGCGGCCGAGGUGGGUGGGGGGUGGUAGCAAGCUUCCCCAGCUACGCGCCCAAGACCGUCUCAUAUAAAAGCGGCCCGGUGAUGUCGCAACCCUUGGAAGUGUACCUCAUCUGGCACGGCACGUGGCCCGCGUCGCAGAAGACGCCCGUGCAGAAAUUCGUGGAUUCCAUUUCCGACGACACGCUGGCCAACAAGCCCGGCAGCGUCAGGGAUUGGUGGAACAUCAACCGCCUCUACAAGGCCGGCGCCACCUACGUCACGCCCACCGUCUCCCGCAGUAACACAGAGAUUGACAUUGCAGCCGCUUCAUCAGCCUCAGGCCAGACACCGUUGAAGAAGGCCGACCUGCUCGCGCUCAUCAACUUCCAGAUCCUGUCAGGAUCGCUGCCGCGAAUCAGCAGCGCCGUCUACGUCAUCUUCACCUCUGCUGACGUGGAUGUGGACGGGUUUGGGUCUGACUUCUGUGCUUUCCACAGCGUCAGCGGGAACGUGAAGUGGGCGUGGGUUGGCAUGCCCGAGAAAUUUCUUGCCAAGUGCACGCACUCAGCAGCAGCAGGCCUCGAAUACCCCAACGGUGACCGAAUUCUCGACGGGCUGAUUUCCAACUUCGCGCACGUGCUUUCCGAGGCUGCGGUCAACCCGAACCUAAACAGCUGGUCCGACGAUAACGGAAACGAAAACAUGGAUCUGUGCUCGGGCAUCUGGGGGACCGAAUACCUCUCUGAUGACAGCCCCGCUGUACAGUACAACGCCGUGGGUGUAGACGAUUAUAGGUUCUUUCUUCCUACGAAUUUAAAUCCGAGCACGGGGUAUUGCAUGAAUGGGCUGUCGGUCCUACCCGGGGCGUGUGGGAAGGACUUGUUCAACUACCCGUGCGAUACGGGUGGGAUAUAG